CCAUUUCAAUGAAAAAAGAGGACAGUCGACUACAAAACCAAGACAUUGAGGUGUAUAGUCGCUGUAUGAAGCUCCAAAAAUCCUUGUACAACUUCACACUCUAGUAAUCACUUAAUUACCUUUUGAAGGCAUAACUGUACGGUCUUAUGAAAUUUAAGUUAAAAAUUAUUAAAACCUUUAGAUAAAUGAAAUAAUGUUGUGUUUUUAGAGUGAGUCUUUUAGAGCGCAAUUUCAAACAUGAGCGCCUGGUGCUUUACCUCUGCUGUUUGGAGAUCAGGAUUCCAAAGAUACGUAUUACCGCGAAAUAUCCCGCACACUUUAUCUGUAUCCAAUAAAAUUUUUGGAAAUCAACCACUUGCAUACCCAUGUCUAGCUCAAACACGGUCGAUACAAAUUCUGCUCUCUAAACCUGAAGUGGAAAGUAAAGUUUUAGCUGUCUGUUCUGCGUUCGAUAAAAUCCAGUCCGAUAAGCUUACGCUUGAUUCUUCGUUUAUCAAAGAUCUCGGUCUUGAUAGUCUGGACCACAUAGAAGUAAUUAUGGAAAUCGAAAAUGAAUUCCGGUUUGAAAUAAGUGAUGUGGACGCCGAAAAAUUGCACACACCCCGUGAUAUUGUGGAACAUGUGUAUCAUUCAAUUAAAAAAGCAGAACCUUCAAAUUAAGAUACUGGUGAAAUAUUAUAACACUUCUAAUUACUACUAAAAACAUUCUAGACCAUAUAUUAUUGUAGAUAUUGUUCUCCUGAACACUUUACUUUUUAAUUUAUGAAGGGUGCUUGAGCUCAUAGAAGAAUAUCGCUAUCUUUCUCCAGAACCUUGUCAUAUUAUAUCACUAGGUCUCCAAUUGAAGUUGUUUCAUAGUAACAUAAAUUUAAAUGUAUAAGGGAAAUCAGUAGUUUGGUUAUGUUAACUUUAAAAAUACUGUCUCAACAUUCGUUGCGCGUAAUGAUGAUUUUUUUUCAAAUAUGGAUAUGAAACAAAGUUAUAGUUAACAUACGCUUUGUCG